UUCUGCGAAUCGGACGUGUCGGUAAGCCAGACUUGCGCCAUCCGUGGUUUGGGCCAUAGCAAAAACACGUUUACGAAACUUACGUCGUCAUCUCGUUCUGUCCCGCGCGCGUAAACCAAGUCAAAAGAGAAGCGAAAACAAAAAGCUGGCCUAAAGAGGCGGGCAGCAAAACAAACCGAAAGCAAAAAACCAUUGCCAUCAGCAUUAUCAACGCGCAUAAUGGAAAUGGCGCCCCUAACAAUCAUGUAAAAUUGGUGUAAAAUGCAGACGAGAUGGAGCCCCGGCAUAAAGGAAAUGGGAAUCGUGCGAAAGGCAAUAACACAUCAAAUUGGUAUUAGAAGCUGUUACUCUGACGCCCCGCGUUAACUAUAUAUAAAAAGGGGGCGUGGCUGCAGUGAAACAAAUUGCAGGAGGCGGAAAAGGAGCAGGAGAAGGACCAUCAACCGCUGCCUGCCUGUCGCUGGUUGCAACAUAAAAGUCAAUUAAUGUACAAUUACAACAACAUCGGGAACACCAGCAACAGGAUAGGCAACUGGCUGCAAAAGGCAACGAAAGGAGAAGGACCAGAGGCGGACGGAGGAGGAGCAGAAAUUACUGCAAAUUACACGCAACGAGUCCUGAAAGCUGCGGUCCAAGUUGGAGCAAGAGCUGGAAGCCGAUUGGACCGAGGAGGAUGAGGAGUCGGUGUACCAGAACUUAGAGCUGGUCCCAUCAACGCCACCGGUACCACUACCACCGCCUCCCAGUCACCACCACCGCCAUCACCACAAUCACCAUCAUCGCCAUCAGCCACUCCACUGCCAACUAUUGUCCAGCGAAAACGAAAAGGACAACUACGAGGACGACGACGAAGGCGGCGGCAACAAAAUGACUUUCGUUAACAAGCUGAGCAAAAGCUUCCGCUGGCUGCGCUGCUCGACAUUGUGCGCAAUUUUGUUUUAUAUGUUCUUCAUUGGCCUGAUCCUGCACAGCACCAGCACCAGGCUGCAGCAGCAGCUGAAGGAGCAGGGAAGCAGUAGCAGCAGCAGCAGCAGCAGCAGCAGCAGUAGCAGCAUCACGCAGGCAGACACAAAAGUGGCGCCCAACGUGGGGCAUAAUGGCGCCCAACGAUGGCCAAAUUCGCUGCAGGAACUGGAGCAGCAACAAAAACACGAGGCAAAGCUGAGGUCUCAGCCCGUGGCAAACAAUUUGGAUCCGGGGAACGAGUAUCCCCAACACCAAGCCGAAUAUAAGCCCCCUCCACAAAAAGUGCAAAGUGCGGCUGCCAGCAAUGCCAGCAAAUCCCCUAACCAGCCAGAAACAGUUAUUUUAGCGGCCAGCAAUGUGAAUGAGAAGCAAAUACUGGCAAAAGCUUUCAAACGGGCCGAUCGCAAUCAUGAUGGCAUUUUGUCCAUUCAGGAGAUGGGCCAGUACAUCAACCGACGGAUCGUGGAGCACAUUGAUGAGGCGAUCAUGAACAAUGCCCGAGAAUUCCGUCGCGUGGACAUCGGACCCGCCGACGGACUUAUCACCUGGGAUGAGUACCACCGCUUCUUCCUCAGGGAGCACGGCAUGACGGAGGCGGACAUCGAUGAGCACGACGAGAUCAGGCACACGGCGCUGAAUCGCCGGGCCAGGGAGGACAUGAUGAGGGACAAGGCCCGCUGGUCGGAGGCGGCUCGAACCGAUCUCUUCACCCUGACCAUCGAUGAGUACUUGAGUUUCCGCCAUCCCGAGUCCAGUGUGUCCAAUCUUUUGGAACUGGUCGAUGAUCUGCUGCGCCAGUUCGAUCAGGACGGGGACGAUCAGCUAACCCUGGAAGAGUUCUCCGAUCUGAAUGUGGACGAUGAUGAUGACCUGAUGCGCAAAUCUCUGAUUUCCAAGACCCUGGUGGAGCGGCGAGAGGAGUUCAAGCGGAUUAUCGACAAGAACCACGACGGCAAGGCAGAUCGGGGAGAGCUCCUUAACUAUGUGAAUCCGAAGACCCCACGCUAUGCUCUCCAGGAGGCGGCCACUUUGUUCAGCCUGUGCGACGAGAACAAGGACGAGCUACUGACCCUAAAGGAGAUGACUGACCAUGCCGAGAUAUUUCUGCAAUCCAAGAUGAUCGAUACGGCAAACAGUUUUCACACAGAAUUCUAGUUUUACUCUUCACCAUCACUUACCCCUUUGAGCAUUUAUAGUGAUAUUAAUUUGUAAGUUCUUGCACCUAAAGAUUAGCUAAUUUAGUAUCAAAGCGUGCUUUUUGUUAAUAUUUUUUAUGAACCACUAAGAUCCGAUGUAAAGCAUUAAAAAACGAAAAUCAUUUCAAUAAUUAACUUAUAAGAAUGCAAAGCAAACAAUAUUUGACACAAAUAAUCCAAAUAAAUAUACGUAAUUGUAUAGAA